AAAAGCACGCCCGAGCGCCAUGAUUCCUCUCGAGAAGCCGGGCAGCGGCGGCUCUUCCCCGGCCGCCGCCUCCGGCUCGGGUCGGGCUGGCGGGGGUCUGGGCACGCCGCGCCGGCCGCCGCCCCCGACCCAGGCCCGCGGGCUGCUGACGGAGAUCCGCACCGCUGUGCGCACCGAGCCCUUUCAGGACGCCUACACCCUGACCCCGGGCCGGGAGUUGGGCAGGGGGAAAUUUGCAGUGGUGAGGAAAUGCAUAAAGAAAGAUUCUGGAAAAGAAUUUGCCGCAAAGUUCAUGAGAAAAAGAAGAAAAGGCCAAGAUUGUCGGAUGGAAAUAGUUCAUGAAGUCGCUGUACUCGAGCUAGCCCAGGACAAUCCAUGGGUCAUUAAUUUACACGAAGUCUACGAGACACCAUCGGAGAUGAUCUUAGUUCUGGAAUAUGCGGCUGGAGGUGAAAUCUUUGACCAAUGUGUUGCAGACAGAGAUGAAGCCUUCACGGAAAAAGAUGUUCAGAGACUCAUGAGGCAGAUUUUAGAAGGUGUUUGCUUCUUACAUGCUCAUGAUGUCGUUCAUCUUGAUUUGAAGCCUCAGAAUAUUCUGCUGACAAGUGAAUCUCCACUGGGUGACAUUAAGAUAGUGGAUUUUGGUCUUUCGAGAAUAAUGAAGAAGAGCGAAGAACUCCGAGAGAUCAUGGGAACCCCUGAGUAUGUGGCUCCUGAAGUUCUCAGUUAUGAUCCUAUCAGCACGGCAACAGAUAUGUGGAGCAUUGGAGUGUUAGCAUAUGUCAUGCUGACAGGAAUAUCACCUUUCCUGGGCGAUGAUAAACAGGAAACUUUCCUCAACAUCUCACAGAUGAAUUUAAGUUAUUCUGAGGAAGAAUUUAAUGUUGUGUCUGAGUCAGCUGUUGACUUCAUCAAGACACUUGUAGUUAAGAAACCGGAAGAUCGCGCCACUGCAGAGGAGUGUCUGAAACACCCAUGGCUGACUCAGAGCGGUGUUGACGAGCCUGCUUUCAAGGUCAAAGGGGCCUUAGAAGAAGGACAUGCCCUCCAGGAAGCAGAUCCUGUGUCUGAAAGUAAUUCAGAUACUCAGAAGCCAGAAACCGAGGAAUCCAUCGUAACAGAGGAGCUAAUUGUAGUUACUUCAUAUACUUUAGGACAAUGCAGACAGUCUGAAAAAGAGAAAAUGGAGCAGAAGGCCAUUUCCAAACGAUUUAAAUUUGAGGAACCUUUGCUACAAGACAUUCCAGGAGAUUUUAUCUACUGAGCAGUAUUUCCCUUUAGAACUUUAACAUUUCUACAUUGGAAACAUUAUUUAUGGACUUCUGACCAAAUGGUACAUGGACUGAAAAUGGAUGACCAGGUGUCAGUGAUAGAAACUUAAAGUAACUUUGUCAAACUUGUGGAGUGAGAGAAAUCAAGCCAGAUUUAUCAAGUGGCCAAGGAGGCUUCAUGGGUGAAGUUACCUUUUUCAGUGUUCUUUUUAAGAAGGGAGAUGUUUGAACCUUUUAUUUCUGUAUCCUGCUUCUCCAGAAUGAGAAUUUAUAUGCAAAGACAUCUGUAUUCACUUUCUGUAAAAAUCCAAGUAAAAGUGCCAAAAUUAACACCUGUGUAAAUCUGUUUUGCAUUAUUCAUAUGUAUAUCUGCAUAUAUAUAUAUGUUGAUACCUUUACUAAAAUUGAUACUUUUUCACUUUGGGUUUUUUUAGAGGGAGUAAGAUUUUAAGUAUUUUCCAAAUUUUUGAGGCCUAGAAUAAAUCCACUAGUUUAAAAAUGUCUUAUUUAUAUACUGCUUUAUGUUGAUUUAAUUUGGCUUCUGUUGUCUGUUUUUUUCUCUAAUGCUUGUCACCCCAUCAAUGAAAAACCUUGGCUAAUUUGUUUUUCUUCAACAUCACUAGUAAGAGUGGUGUGAUUUUUCACCUCUGAAAUGGUUCUGGUUUUCAAGGCCAAGGUUAAGUCAUCCUGUCAUAUUCCACCAGUGUCAGCCUGCGUCUCCUUCGUCACGCCUUCCUUCAUAGGCGCAUCCCUGCACAGGACUGUCACUUUGGUCUCUUAGGAGAGUCACCGCUUACAUGAUCGGAUCAACACAAUGGUGCUUUGAUCAGUGAGAAGAUGGUAUAAUGCUGUUUUUGUUAAUAAAAUCCCUAGGUGUCGGGAGAAGAAAUAGCAAAGCAUAUUCAUGCUGACCAUUGAGCCUCUACUUCUGCUGAGUUGUAUUAGCCCCCAAGCUAUAUUGGGAAAACUUACAAAAAGCCAGAAUAUUUAUAAACCUUUACUUUGUUCAUAAGCAAUUUGACUUUGGAGACUUGGUCAUUAGGGAGAUACCCUUCCUUGUCCCCAAAAGACUUUGAAUAUACUCAGUAGCAUUUAUGUAGGCUUGAAUACUUCAGUUGUAUCUGGGCCCCACAGUGAACAGUAAAUUCCUAUUGCGUUAAAAAAUGCAAAUGUAAAAGUGGAUGCUGUAUAACUUAAAGCAACUAAAUAUCCUUCUU